UAGCAAUGAUGGUUCUCCGUAGUUGCAUGUCCGAAAGAUCGUGAAACUAUUGAGAACUUGAGCUACAGGUCCUAAGCCCUGGUAAAGGAGGAAGGUUGCGAUGGCUGUUAUUCAUGGCCAUCGUGUAAAGAAAAAAUGGAUAAACCCCAAUGCCAAGGUGUCAUGCGAUCCGUGCCGAGGGCUGAAUGGUUGAGGGGGUUCUAAACAUGCUCAACCGCGAACGGAGCCUGGGGUGCACCAGGGCGAACACCCCAGUAAGCAGCCCUUACUGCACUACGGCGGGGCACUGGUGCAGCGGACAUUUAUUUCCCUAGCUACUCGUGGGACCAAAAAUGAGUACAAAUUUUACAAACAACCUUCAAAGUGACGACUGCCUCUCUCAGUCGUGUGAGAGCGAAGUGGAGAAUACUCUGAGUCAGCUUGGCCUUACCGAAGACCAGCUACUCAGUAGUUCGCAGGAGAAGAUGGAAAUAUCCUGCCCCUCAACGCCUACCUCCCGGAGCAGCACAUGUUUCGACAAAGCUGAUCCAGAUCUACAACACCCCUCAUCGACCGACUCCAACCUGCUGGACAUGGAAGAUAACGAAGAUGAUGGUAUACGGAUCGUCAUCAACCCCCAAGAAUCUUCAGCAAGUAGCAAAGGAUCCGAAGAUAACAAGGGUUCUACGGAAGCCAAGGGGGCUCCGAGUAAGAAAUUCCCCACACUCACACGUUCGCAGAGGAAGCAGCUUAGAACUCUCCGGGAGAAGGGAAAAGACCGGAAUGAGGCCUUGUCCAUAAUCCUGAAUAAGGAGAGCGAGCCCACUUCCUCAAAACGCUCGAGAAACGACCUAGACAAAUCCGCCACAGAGGACCCCAAACAAAAAAGGGUGAAGCACCAUCUGGAUCCGAGAGAGCGCGCCCAACAGUCCACAAACAGCGCGCCUCAGAAAAACGUGUCUGGACAACAAAACCCACCCAUGAGGAAAACAGCUGGUAUCAGCUACAGUGAUAUGGCCAAAAGCGUGAAGGUCGGGAUAAUACCCAAAGACUUUCCCACCGUCCAACUCACUACAGCCCAGCUAGACCUUCUACAAGAAGCACUCCUGCUCAGAGUAGUUCAACAACGAAACGAGCCAAUAAAACCCAAAUUCAACAACCUCAUCUACAAGUCCGGUUACAUGGUUCUAAUCUGUAAGGAUCAAGAGACUGCUGAGUGGUUAAAGAGAAUAUCCCCAUCCAUGAAACCCUGGGAAGGUGCAGAGCUGAUGGCAAUGGACGAAGUGGCGAUUCCACGUCCAAAGAUGAUCCAAGCAUUCUUCCCACAAAGCUCCAGCUAUGACGACGACCGAAUAAAGGCUCUCAUAGAAAGCCAAAAUGACAUCACAACAACUAAUUGGCGUAUUGUGAAACGAUCCAUUCUGAAAGACAUUCAUGUCAAAUGGAUCUUCACAGUAGAGGGUGCGUCGAUGGAAAAGUUGAAGAAGUCCAAAUACACCCUCAACUACCGAUUUGGUGAAAUCCAACUAAGGAAGAUUACAGAUCAACCGACUGCCGAUACCGCCAAUCCGACUGGAAGGCCGACCCAAGAGCAAUCUGAGGAGGCCUCCUGUUCGGGCAAGGUUAGUAAAUCUCACCCCAAAAGCACCAUAAAGGCUAGUCAGUCCGCCUCUAAAGGAAAAGCUCGAAGCUUACAUGCGACUCCCUGCUCUAGUGGUACCAAACCAAAGGUAUCUAAACAGGGCAAAGGGAGUGCAAAAAGCGACAGUUUGACCACAGAGGCGAAACUGGCGGGCCAGGUCGCUACAGGGAAGAGAAACAACUUAAACUGUAACACCAAACGACACCCUGAUGAUCCGCAACAUCCAAAGCCGGAUAGUCGUCGUCCGGAAAAAAGCGGUAACCCCGGAAAUGGCGACUAAAGUUCUGCAAGUGAACCUCCACCAUGCUGAGAGCGCCACGGGUGUGCUCUGUCGGAGGUUCACCAAAGAGAAUCUAACCGUGGCCCUCAUUCAAGAGCCAUGGGUCAAUAAAUCCAGAAUACAAGGUAUUCCACAACACUCAUGUAAGUUGGUAUAUGAUGACAGCCAGCUUUCUCCUAGAGCGGCUAUUUUAUUACAUAACAACUGUAAAUACUUUCCAAUUUCAGAAUUCAUUAAAAGGGACAUCGUAGCUGUUAGGAUGGAGGUACCUUCCGCUAGAGGGAGUAGAGAGAUCUUGAUGGUCUCGGCAUACUUCCCAGGUGACGUGGACGAAAUCCCUCCUCCAGAAAUAGCUGCGCUCGUAGCCUACAGCCACCGACACAACAUCCCCUUCGUCAUAGGGUGUGACGCAAAUGCACAUCACACCGUAUGGGGAAGUACAAAUAUAAACACCAGAGGUGAGUACCUGUUACAGUUUCUCUCUUCCAAGAACAUUGACAUUUGUAAUGUUGGUGACAAGCCCACGUUUGAAAACCUCAUUCGUCAGGAAGUUUUGGACUUGACUCUAUGUAGUCGGUCUAUCUCUGAUAAAUUAAAAAACUGGCAUGUUUCUGAAGAAAUAUCAAUGUCAGACCACAAACACACCAUCUUCGAAUGGGAAGGGGGUCUAACGAUAGAAAAAACGUUUAAAGAUCCUAAGAAAACUGAUUGGGAAUCCUACUCAGCUAUCCUACAAUCUGAAGAGUACAUCAUAGAAAGUCACAUCAAGUCCAU